AUGUUCAGAGCAGGUGAUGAAAACGGUGUGGUUGAUGCGUUCAAAAACAAACUGAAGAUAACACCACCAAGUUUAACCGGUAAUAAAUAUGUGGUGAAGUCGGAUAAAACGUUUCAUGUAUCGUGUACAUUCGAUGGCGAAGACUUGGCUGAUAUCAAUCAGCUUUCGUGGCAAAACGAAAAUGACCGCAAAAUUGAUGGUGAAUCGUCGAGCAGCCUGUUCACAGUAGCACUACAUGAGCACGGUACUCAUCACAAAAAACUUUCAAUGGUCUUCGCAAAAAUCGCACCCCGUGAUGCAGGCACUUACAAGUGUGUAGCUGUUGAUCUGACUGCACAAACGCAUAUCAAAAUAAUUCAUGUGGUUGUGGUGGACUCGAUUGUAUGGAACGAAAAAGAGGAUACUGUGGGCGGUAUGUUAGGCGAAUCGCUAACGAUCGAUUGUGGUGCGACUGGGAAUCCACAACCUGAAAUUGAGAUCACGGAUAGUGAUGGUGAACCACUUAAUGUUGCUCCAGAAUUCAGCAAUCCAUCAAUCACACGGCAUGCGAUUUUUGGUCGAUCCGCUACACUCCUCUGUGAAACAACCGCUUCGAAUCCACCGGCAACACACUUUCGUAUUUUCAAAGGGACGAAACUGCUGAAUGAUGAUGAUAGAUAUGAACUUAUCGUCGACGUUGAGCGUCAAAGCGCUGUUUUCAAGAUAAUUACUGUGGAAGAAGACGAUUUUGGCGAAUAUAUCUGUGAGGCGAGCAAUAGUAAAGCAAAAUCACAACAAGCAAUUAUGCUAAUCGAAGCAAAUCCACCAGAUGAAAUUCGUGCAUCACUUGUGAGGACUGGCACAAAUGCGAUUUGGUGGAAACUUGAGGUUGUUGGCAAUACGGCUAAAUUGCCGAUUCUCGGUUACACCAUUGAAUUCAUUCGUAAAAAUCUUUUCGACGAUUUAGCGGCAUCUGAACAAAAUUUAGACACUGAACAAAUUUGGCGAACACAAGCAACACGACUUACGACACCAACAAUGAGCGACGAUGUUUAUGAAGUGAAAGGACUGCGCCACGAUACGAAUUAUGUUUUCAAAUUAAGUGCUCAAAAUGAGGCGGGUUCCAGCGAUCCGGCAAUCAUAAUCGCCAGGACACUCGCGUAUAAUGAAGUAUUGGAAGAGACAAAUCAAAAAUCAAAUUUUGCACAGCUCUCCAGCGAUGGCUUAUAG